AGUAGAGAAUUGUCAUUUUUUGUCAGUUGUUAACAGAGCAAUUGAUUAUACAUUUGUUCACAUUUGCGAAUUUUAUUUCAAUUGCACGUGUAUAAAUAAUAUAGUGUUUAUACCACAAUUUUGUUUUACAAAAUUAAUUAACAAGAUUUUAUAGCAAAACUGACAAUAACAAAGACCAUGUCGAAGAAAAUAAAACAUUUAGUAGUGGACACAACGGCAUUCAUAAAAGCAGCUAACCUGCAGGAUAUAGCGGAGAAUAUUUACACAUUGCAAGAGGUAAUUGACGAAAUAACAAACGAUAGACAGCGCAGAAAGUUAGUAGUUCUUCCUUACGAUUUAAAGGUCAAAGAUGUAUUUACUGAGAACAUCAAAUUCAUUACGGACUUUGCGAAGAAAACUGGAGACUAUACGAGCCUAUCGGCAACCGAUAUCAAGGUAAUGGCGUUAACAUACCAACUGGAAAAAGAAAAGGCGGGCACAGAACAUCUGCACACUGAGCCUACAAUGCAAAGAACUGUCAAAGUGACUGGAAUUGGAGGGUUUAAUCUAUAUCCUGAAAAUAAGAAAGAUGAGAAAUUAGUUAAUACACAAGUUGGAGUUAAUGAGAACACAUCAGAAUCAUCAAACAUCAACACUGAUUCAAACGAAAUUGUAGAGGCAGAUGAUACUAAAAAAAUACAGUUAGAUGUAGAAGAUGAUGGAAUAUUAGCAGAGGAAAUAGAAAAUUUAAAAAAUAUGAACUUGGCUGAUGAAGAAGUGAAUGAAAUUAUAACUAAAGUUUCAGACAAAGAUGAAGAGGAAACAGAGAGUGAGGAGGAAUCUGACAGUGAUGGUGGAGAGUGGAUAACACCAGGAAAUUUAUCAGAGAAGAAAAGAGAAAUGGAUAUGGGAGAGUUUGAGGAGAAAUCUGUUGAAGUGGCUUGCAUAACUUCAGACUUUGCUAUGCAGAAUGUACUUAAACAGAUAGGCCUCAAUGUUACUGCAAUUGACGGAAGAGUAAUCAGACAACUUCGGACUUUUAUUUUUCGUUGCACCACCUGCUUCAAAACCACUAGUGUAAUGACAAAACUAUUUUGUCCAAAGUGUGGUCAUGCCACUUUGAAAAAAGUUGCUGUUAGUGUUGAUGAGCAUGGUAAUCAACAUAUACAUAUAAAUGGACGGAAACCAUUAUCAGCCAGAGGCAAGAGGUUCAGUCUACCUACACCCAAGGGAGGUCAACAUUUCCAAUAUCCAAUACUGACUGAAGAUCAGCACAUACAUAAGAGAUUUGCAACAAAAAUGGCAAGGAACAAAACAAAUGCAUUGGACCCUGACUACACAGCAGGUUUCUCACCAUUUGUUAUGAAAGAUGUAAACUCAAAGUCAGCAGUUUUAGGAGUGAGAGCUAACAAACAGGAUAUUAAAUAUUGGAUGAAAAAUUACUCAAAAGGAAAAAAAUAAAUAUGGUUUUUAUAAAUAAAUAGAGUAUAUUUAUUAUUAAUAAUAAAACAAUUAAACUUAA